CGCACUGGCAAUAAAGAGUUCAAACUCAGUCAAUUGUGGCUUGAUGUUGUAACCAUAUGCACACAAGCAGGCACUAAAGACUCGUGCUGGGAAUUUCAGGGAACAUCUGUUUAGCUUGUUAUAUUUUCACCCCUGUCUCUGAGUUUGCAGUAUUUUAGAUGAUUAUAGGAAGUGAUAAUAUAUAGAGACCACAGCUAAUUGCUUAAAGGGAUGAUAAAACCCGUUGACUUUCAUUGUAUUGACAAAGACAACACUGAGACAUUUUUCAAAAUAUCUUAUUUGUUAUGUUCCACAGAAGAAAGAAAGACAUACAGGUUUGGAAUGACAUGAGAAUGAUGACAGAAUUUUCAUUUUUGGGUGAACCAACCAUCUCUUAACAGACUUGAGUCAUGACCACAAACUGUUGUGCAGGGUGUGAGUGUUAGUGUCCAGACAAGUGUCUUUCUGUGAUCUGUCCAGUUGCCAUGCUGUCUGACCCCAGGACAGGGUCUCCACCCUGGCUAGGCUGUGAAAUGUACAUGUUUUCACAGAGGGAUUUACCACAGUGUUGCCAAGCUGUGGUCAGCUUUGUUGCUGACUGUCUGUUUUGUCUUUGUUUAUCCAGUAGUAAAGAAAACAUGGAGGAAAGAAUUUCGUCUUUGGGUGGACAAUACAGAGGAGUUGAGCAAUUACUCAGGCAGAAACAGCAUACCUUUAAGCCGCCAUUCAACUAUUCUAGGAGAGAUUUAGCUUUUUGUUGUGUUUUGUAAGGCUCUGAUGUUCUUUAGUGCAUUACUGGUCACUUCAUGAACAAAUUAAAAGUGGUUGCAGUUUGACCCCUAUAACCUGAUCUGCAGAGAUCAAAGCGUUUGGCAGGACAGCAGCUGGUUGUUCUUGAGAAUCAGAUAUAAGGAGGGAGGGUCACUGCUGGUCACUCUUGGUUCGUGCCUCAGAAGAAUGAGCUAUAUAUUAUUAUAUGGAGCACGGUCCUCUUUAUCAGUUUUGCCCUUUACUAAUGGUCUUUGAGAUUACUUUUGACAACUUUGUUCACAGAUCACUGCUAUAGGGUUACACUGAUCAGUCAUAAAUUAAUAAAAAGACCCCACCUGCAGUGUUUAUGCUCAUUAAGUGCAAUACACUUACUUGUACACUUAUUUUAUAUUUCCUGACCUACAGUUGUUAAUAAUUACAGUCAAAUUGCUUUGGAGACUAUCAACACUUCAUCUCAAUUCAAAUGUGUCCUCAAUUAUGUCUUUUUGUUUACUUACAAAAUGCAUGAUUACACUCGCAGCAUGGCUCAUUAGAUGAUGCUCAAAUAAUUUUGUUGGUGACCCAGAAACACUCUUCAUUGCAUCUCUGUGGUAUUUUGAACUCAGACGUGACGCAAUGGCCAGAGCAAGACAGAAAGCGAGAAGCAGCAUAAUCUCCAAGCAGUAAUCCUCCGUUUCUUUGUGUGCCAGAGUCCUAUUGGUGUGCUAAAACAGGCCAGUGCAAAUGAGAGACAGGUCAUGACAGGUCCUUGGAAUUGCCUUUGUCUGCUUUGAGAAAGCACUUCUCCCCCAAGCGCUAAUCUCAGCCCCUCCAAUUUCUACAAUAAGGUCUCAAGGUUGCAAAUAGCGUCAGAUCCCUCUGCUAUGCCAAUUCACCAUGCUGUCAUGUGCAGGAAAAGUGUGUCAUAAAUUUCUAAGCUGCCUGUUCAUAGUCUGUCGGUGUCAUCCUGCUCAUGCUAUUGAGUAUGAUAGUGUUGUAGCAUCCCUCAGAAACUCCAACCCAAUCUCAUGUUAAAACAUAACUACUGGUAUUUUAUGAGGUGGCAAUUUCACAUUAAUUUCAAUGUAAACACAUUUUAUGUUCCAGAUUUUCUUUGGUUGACUCUUUUCACCUAAAAACUCACUAACUUGGCACUGAAUCACAUAAUGCUUGAUCGUUUUAAAGCUUAAAUACUAUAAAUCCGUUUUAAAACAAAAUAAUUACCUGCACUGUUGUCACAGCUGUUUUUCCUAAGCACAGAAGAAAGUUGAGAGGAAUGCUGCAUGCAGAGGUCAGUAACUUGCUGAUUAAGCACUGCUCACAGUUUACAUUUGUUUGACCACAUGACUAUUGACUUAAAGGAAUAGUUCAAAAAUUCAGUCGUCAUUUACUCGCCCUCAUGUUGUUCAAAACCCAUGACAUACUUUCAGCAGUGGAAGACAAAAUGAGAAAUCAUGAAUUGUACUGAUCACUUUUUUUAUUUAAUGAGAAUGAAUGGACCAAAAAGGUUCAGCUUUUAAAAGAAUGCAAAAUUACUAAAAAGUAUAAAUAAAAUUAUGUGCAUCACUGUUUUAGAAUUAUUCUAAACCCAAUCAGUACAUUUAAUGGACUAUUUUAAUUAAACCUUCAUGGUGAUUUUGGCAUCUUCAGUCAUUAUUCACGUUUCUUUUUCCUUGCAUUUUUUUUCCAGCUAAUUGUUUUGUGUUCUGCAGAAAAAAGAAAAUCAUACAUGUUUGGAACCACGCGAUUUUAAGUUAAUAAUGAUAGGAUUAUCAAUUAUUUUUUACAAAAAAUAAAUUGGGUGUACUGUCCCUUUAAAUAUACAAUGUUUAAAGAGACUCCCUACAACUACCUUUGCAACUAACUUAACGCGUGUGUUAGAUAAACCUCGUAUACUUUAAAAAAAAAAAGAAAAAAAAAAAAAGUUGUUGACCAUAAAUGUCCAAGUACUGCAAUCAGAGUAAAUCAUUCCUGGCUGCGAUUUUUAAGUUAGAAACCAUAUGGUUGUUACGGACGCCACAGCCUCACCUGUCCGCUCUUCAGACGAAACUAUUGAAAUAAGUUGCGGGAUAACCUGGACUUAUAUCGCCAAUUUGGACAUGAAUGCGAUUUUAUGUGGUUUAUAUAAAGCCGAAUUGUCUGGAAAGAUCUUAUAAUUCCUUUAAAACUGUUAAUGUUUAAUGUUUUGUAUGCAUUUUAUCAAUAGCUAACCCCCGUCAGCUCGUGUAGAUGGUUUCGCCCUUGUUCCCUUAAGGGCUCGUAGAAAUUACUUGCUUGAGUUGCAACGUCCGCAACAGAAGAAACGCAAAGAACUUUUGGGUUCGUGCAUAAGAGACCACGUCAAGCGGAACACGUUAAUGAAAUCGGGCAUGCAAUGAAAUAAGCCUGCUUUUUCUGUCCUUUUGUGGAUAUCUUCUCAGUGAAUUUUGUCAAGGGCUCAGCAGUAAAUUGAGAAGUCGCACAGUGGCUCCCCCUGCAGGCCAUUAGGAUACUACAGUAUUGUGGACCCCAACACUGAAUGACAUGCCUCACGUGACUCAAACUACAAGAAGCUGAGGGUAAUUGGGAGCUAAAGACUUAACAAGACUUCCUCAAAUCCAUUCAAUGGAGGUCAAAGGUCGCCUCAUCACUGCCAUGGGCUUAGGGGCUCCAGAUGUCCAGGGCUGUCAGGACAGCAAGCUGCAAGCGGAGCGAAUCUCAGAACUGCAGGAGCGAAAGCAGAGUCUGCAGAGCCUUUUGAACAGUCGACUCGGAGAACUGCGACAAGUGUGUCUUCUGGAGGCGGAGCUCACUGGAAAGCUUCCACAGGAUUUUCCUUUAGAAGAAGGGGAAAGACCUCCCUUUGUUCAGCGCCGAGCUGGUGUUACCUCAAAAGGAGAGGAUGACCCAGGUCAGCGACGGCAGAUGAAGGCUCUCUUCAGUGGUGCCCUGCGCCGGAGCAUCGAUUCUGAUAAAAAUGCAUUGCACAGUAAGAGGACUGUUCAUCGGGGAUGCCACACAGAGGAUUCGUCUCCCAGUGUGGCACCUGAGCAUCGCUCCUUGUCUCACCCCCGGCUGGCCCCAGGCAGUCCUGACAGUAGGCUCUGUAGGAAGCUGUCACCUGUGGAGAUCUACUACGAGAUGAGGACUCGCCGCAACUCAGCAUCAAGCUCUGUGAGCCCGAGUCACUCACUCCCAAGAAGUGCAUCCAAUGUGGAGGGCAGAAGUGUUCCAGCCACACCGCUGUUGUCCCGUACUGCACCAAUGAGCGUCCAUGUGAGGCCGGAGAUGUCUUUUGGUAUUGCACUAAAGCAGUGGUGUGGUAGUCCAGAUGUUCCUCAGUUUGUCCCGUUGGCAUCUUUGGAGGGCUCCUCUUCUGAGCGCCGCAGCUGCCCGUACAGCUCCCGCGCCCGUCGUAGCAACAGCUCUGAGGCGCUACUCGACCGCUCGAGUCUCCCUGAACCCGGUCCUUCCCGCAACGGCAUGCCACCCCGAGCUGGACCAUACAAGAGCUCAGAGUCCCUCACAGAUGGGAAGCUCCGUCAGAUCUAUCAAGGCAGCCCAGACAGACAGAUGAUGGGAUUUAAAGACCAGGGUCGAAUGCGUUCCUCUCUGGGCGGCCAAAGCAGUGGCAUGGGUUACAAUGAGAUUUUGAUGGACUACAUUUGGGGCAAACAGCAAAAGGGGCCCGUCCAGGCUCAACAGAACCAGUCAGCAGGACGAAUCUGGCCGGACUUCUCCACUCCUCCAUCAGGCACCCCUCCACACUACAAUGGUUUUUCUCAUUCGCAGUUACAUCUGGCUGCCGCCCCACCUUUUUACAGCCCCAUGCUGCUGCAGGGUCAAGAGGCCGAACCCCGUCGGGUCAAAGUGACACGCACAAAGUCCUGUGGACCCUUCAUCCCUUUACAGCAGCACUCACAGGAUGCCGUGUUGUUCUCUGCGUAUGAUCCAUCACAUCCCUCUGCUGGAUCCACAACUUCUUCUAUUCCUAACCUGCUCCCUCACCACACAGAGCUGUCCACUGCUGCAGCUUUCGGCCGCAGACCACCUCAGUUCUCUCUGCCCACUCCUGAGGACUCCACCCGCAGUCUGCACAAGGCACUGGCUCUGGAAGGGCUCCGGGACUGGUAUCUGAGGAACGCCUUAGGUUAUUCCACAAUGGCCAAAGGUCACGAUGGACUCACCAUGCGCCAUUCACAUACUCACCACCUGGUGCACCAGCCUCAGUCCGUUACAGCUGACCCACUGUACUCUGUGCACCGUCAAAUACCUCAGUCAGCUUCAUUUCAUGGGCAUCCCUUGCAUGCCAGGUCCGUGGAGCUCUCUCUCUACCCAGAGCCUUUUCCCACAGAGGGGGGCACUCAGAAAGAGUCGGGCUCUGAGCCUCCUUCACCUGGAACACUUGUCUGAGUGGCAGCCAACACACCCCACAGCCUCCAGUGCAACAUGUUGCAAUAUCUGAUGCAAAAUUACACCUUGUUCUAGGCAUGCACCGGUCCAAUACUGUGUUCGAAAUUAGCGGGGAAAAAAACAAAAAACACUGAAAUAAUGCAUCCUUUGUAGCAUAAAUGCUGCCACACAAACAAUGACAGCAGGGCAAAAUAGUAUUUGAUUGGAGAUAUAUAUAUAAAUAUAAUUAUAGCAUUAUUUAAAAGUACAAUUAUUAUACUGCAUUUAAAAAUGAUAUUGGUGCAUCCCUAUAUUGUUCAGCAAAUAAUGAGGCAUCUGUCACAGCUCAGAACUGAAACUGAGUGAUCAGUGUGUUGGCUGUCAUAGAUUUAGUGCCACGCUUGACUGUAAACUGGUUUUUACAAGGAGCUUUUUUUUUUCUUCACACUCUGUGUAUGUAUUAUUGGGAUGUUAUUGUAAUGUAUUUACAUUUUCAAAACAAAAUAUAAAGGUAAUCAAAUCAUCUCCACUUCACCCUGAGAUAUAUAGAUAUAUAUAUUUUCAGAGAAUAAAAUAGAUUAUAAGAUGUAUGUAUUCUAAAUUACUAUUUUUAACUAAUAUGUUUCAGGUUAACAGUCAUUUAAUUAUAUACAGAGUUUAAUGAACUCAUGCGUUUUAAUGUACUAUAACAGCAGUGAAUGUGUUGCAUACCUGUUUGUUUAUAUCUAUAUAUCUAAAUAUGUCUAUGUAGCUAUGAAGAAUAC